CUGGAAUGCUAGUGCUAGACCCUGCCAAAGAAACAGUAAACAAACUUGCCUAGACAGCUUCUCAACCUUCUUCACUUUUGGCAUGGUCUGUCCUUUUCUGUUUUUAACAGGAUGGAGAAUUAGAAACAUUUUUGUCAAGAGAUAAGAGACCUUCUUCUGCUAUACAGAUCCGAAGUGGUUCAAAUUCUCCUGGGGUGAGAGAGUACAAUCCCCAACCUUUAAGAAGAGCUCCUAAACCCUUUAUCGUCCCAAAGUCAUCAAGUCUAACAAAUCAAGCAUCACAACCCCGCUCAAAGCUUAAAACUCUUCAAUCACAACAAAGUUCACCAAUUGUCGAUCAAAAGACAUUUCAGGACUCCGGAAAAGGCAUUGAUACAAAUUCUCCACCAUUUCCAAGAAAGCUUCCAAAAUGGCCGCCGAUCAAAGACGACAUUUCAGAAGACACGCGGAAAUAUCGCAGUGUCCCAUCUAACUCAUCAACUACUUCAAACAUUUUAAAAACACACUUCAAUGAGAGGAACAGCUCUGUGGCUAAAGAAACUCUAAAAAUGAAGACGACAAAUAGUAUUUAUGAUCCGACACCUUGCAGGCCCGCCCCCCGCCCUCCUUUAUGAAAUAUUGUUUUAAGAAAUAAAAUAAAAAACAGAAGCUUUUUGACGCAAUCAGAUUUUUACUUUAAAAAAACACUUUUUUAUCAUCAUUGUCUUGAUAAUUACUGUUUUCUUCUGAUUGGUUAAAGAAUACAAAUAAUAAAACUGUU